UCAAAAGUCCAGUGAAAGAAGCUCUAAAGUUUCAUGGAAAAUAUAUAUAUUGACCUGGGGUCGCACUGGAUACUUGGAAGUUGUCUUUGGGGUCGUCCUGAAAAAAGCUUGGGAACCCCUGUUCUAUCCUGUAUCUUACCCACACAUUUUCCGCAGUGUUGCAAUGGACCAAGAUUGAGAAAAACAGAUAAGUUGUGAUUCUCAAAAAAGUAUACAAAAUUGUCAUCUUUUUUAAAAAAAUGUUGUUGAUUUUCUUUUAGAAAUCAUGUUCAGACUAUCUUUUAUUUAUCUUUCUCAUAUUAAUCAGAAAAUUGUGAAAUUCCUUCUGCACUUUGAUUUCGAUAUAAAAUGAAAAUUUAAUAUAAUUUGAGUGUUCAUCUUUUCUGUUAUCAAGUGUUUUCAGUUCUCUGUGUACGUACUGUUUCAAAGUUAACAAAGCUGUGUACCUUUUUUAAUGUAUUAGCCAUAAAAAUAGUAUAAUUUUGUGUUCGUGUGACUGCAAUAUUUACAGUGUUUUCAAAACAUGUAAAUUAAAUUUAAAAAUCUGUGAUGUAUAAAUACUUUUUGCUUGAGGUUGAUAAAAAUUUAUUUUUAUAAAGCCAUAUUUCAAAUGCAGAAUAGGGAAAGGGCGUGGGAUUUAAACCUGAAAUGUGUUACCUGCGAUGCCGUCAUAGUUGAAUCUAAAACUUUAAUACCUAGGCUGUCAAAUUACAAUCAGAUAUUAAUCAGCAGAUCAAUAAUUUUACAAUUUAUAAGUUCACAAUAUUGAUUAUUUUUAAGUGAUUGGUGAUUUAAUGUAUUGGUAAUAUAUUCAAUGAUUUAAUGUUAUUGGUGUUUAAUGAUGAAUGAGCGUUAUUGAUUCUGCAGUUGUAUUGUAAUUGCUAUAAAGAUUGCUUGCAAAUGCAUAUGAAUACCAUUCGUAAUUUGGCAUACUCAAAGAAGUUACUGUUAAGAGAAAUCUUUUGAAUAAAUUGCCCUUUUUUUUCGGAAACCUAUUUAACCAAACCGUUUCUGUUGCAUUUUAUCAGGGGAUGUUCAAAUUGGGUUUGUGUUUGGGAGUCCUUUCAAUUAGAAAUCAGUUUCCUCAUUGAUACUUUUACCUGUACCUUUGUUUCCAUGCCAAACUUAAAAUCCAAGAACAAAUUGCAGAAUCUGAUUUACCUAGGUGCAGAAUGCAGAAUGCUUUAAAUGUGUUGCUUUAGCAAAGGUGAAGUUUAUUUAAAUAAAAGCUGUAAACUGAGAUAUAUAUUCAGAUAUUUAUUCAUUGCUGUAUUUUGAAUAAUAGAAACAAUCACUGUUUACCAAGGUUACUGAGGAUAUAGAAUUUUUUUGGAAUGUAAAAUUUAGCAUUUAUAUAGCUGUGUGAAUUUUUUCAUGUUAUUCUUGUGAUUUUGAAAUAUUAGUAAAUUGUCGAAAAAUUUUUAAAUUACAAUGCUAUUCUGUCUAGUUACUGAUUCUUGUCAUAUUUUGUGAUUUCUUGUGUUUGCUGCAACUUUCGAUGUAUAUCCUAAGUAUUCAAGACUCAUAGUUAUGCAGAGUGUAUACAUACAUAUACCUAGAUGGUUUUAGGAUUUCCAGUAUUAUUAGAUUGUCAAAUUUUAUAAUUCAGUCUGCAAAGUUAAUGAUUCUAUUAUUCCCGGAUUCUAUUCUACUUUGCAUGAUUUUUUGCAAAUUUUCAUCAUGUUAAUAUACUUCAAUAGGUUUAUUAGACUCCUAGUUAUGCAGAAGAUACAUUUUUUAUAGUCUUGAUUUUAUGUCAAACUAUCGAUUAAAAAUAUUUCUUGAAUGUGUGUUCAUUAAUAAUUUGAUCUAUCAAUUCUUGAGUGUAUAUCCAGUGAUUAAUUUAGUAUGUGCUUUCUAUAUGCUUCAAAUUUCUUGCCUGAGAAAAAGGUUUUAUUUGAAUGUAAAUUUGGAAGCCUAUAUUCAGAAAUAUCUUCAGUUCCAAAUCUCGUGCUUGACUUGUUGGUAAUAUUGUUUGCUUUUGGGUCUGAAAAAAUCUGCAAGCUUAUCUACAUAAAUGGCUUAGGCAAAUAAUGCUGAGAUAUUUUGACCAAUCUGGAACCGAUACUUCAAAAACUUACUCUUCCUCCUAUAUAAAUUUUUUUUGACAUUCCUAAUUCUAAAUUAAAUUGAAUUUUCGAAAAUCUGUGCUGAUUUAUAUUUCGCUUAUAUUCUAGAGUUGAUAGUUAUAAAAUCUUAAAUUGAAAUCGAUUUCUUGCAUCAUGGCGGCAUCAUCUCUUGUUACGAGAUUACUUACAAAUUCUGGCAUCUCACUGCGAAGUUGUCGAAGUUUCUCUGCAUUUGCUUCCAGACACAAAAAAAACAAUUCAACUUCAGUUUCUCAGAAAGAGUUCAAAGUUUUCAAAUGGUCACCUGUUCGAAAUGCAUCUACGAGUUUGAUUCCUGAGGAAGCCGGCAUGAUAUUCAGACAGUUGUUCCACUACGACACAUACACCUAUACCUACCUACUUGCCUGUUCAAAAACAAGAGAAGCCAUCAUAAUUGAUCCAGUUGAUGAUAUGAUUGAAAGAGAUCUAAACUAUGUGAAGGAGCUGGGUUUGGAUCUUAUUUAUGGCAUAAACACACACGUCCAUGCAGAUCAUGUAACAGGAACAGGAAAGCUGAAAUCAGCUUUACCUAAUCUCAAAUCAGUCAUUUCAGCAAAGUCUGGAGCAACGGCCGAUAAAUAUGUGGAGAAUGGGAACAUCAUUAGAUUUGGUACAGAGUAUUUAGAGUGCCGUGAAACACCUGGACAUACUGGUGGUUGCACCUCCUUUGUAUCACAUGACCAUAAGAUGGUUUUCACAGGAGAUGCGAUACUUAUAAGAGCUUGUGGGAGAACUGACUUCCAGCAAGGAAACCCAUCUCAACUUUACGAUUCCAUCCACAAGCAGAUCUUCACACUUCCAGAUCUUUAUCAACUGUUUCCAGGCCACGACUACAAAGGUUUCACGAGCUCAACAAUUCUAGAAGAGAAAACUCUGAAUCCACGAUUGACUUUGUCUAAAGAUAAAUUCAUUGAAUUCAUGAGAGAGUUGAAUCUGGCCUACCCAAAGCUGAUUGAUAUAUCCGUUCCCGCUAAUCUUAAAUGUGGAAGCAUAAGUAAAGAAGCUGUAGAUGGAUCCCAGCAGAUUCUUGACAAGAUACAAUAGUAAAUAAAAAGCAGAGCUCAAGAUCAACUUGCGCUUCAUCACUUGCCACAUUAUGUAAUCAUUUUGCUUCUUCUACUGUACAAGUUUUUUUCUUAUCUUUGUUCUAUGCUCGCUAGUACUUUUCCUUGUUUCACGUAAUAAUUCGAACAAGUCUUCAUUGAUUGGACACCAUAAUAAAACAAUUUUAUUUUAUCCCUGGGAAAAAGCUGCAAUCCUGUUAUUGGAUUAAUAGAAGCAAUAACUGAUCUAGGGAGUUAUUGCAUAAGAAAUAUCAUUUUGUUUCAUAGUGGUUUGAAAUCCUUCCGCAACAUUUUUAAAUUACUUCCUCCGUACAAACUGAUCAAUACUUAAUUAAUUAAUUAAUUAAUUAUUUCAUUGUUAUGUGAUUAUUCUCAGUUCUAUAUUUAUUCUUGUCUUAUAUCAGAGAUUACAUUGUACAAUCAGAAUUUACACUCCAAGAUCCAGGAUUUAAUUAUCCAUUGUUCACUUCAUUUUCUCUGAGUAAAUUAGUAAACAAUCAGCCGUCAGGUUUGCAGUGAUAAUAUGAUGCUUAUAUGCAAUGAAAUUUGCUUAUUUUCUGUUUAAUUGAUUCAACAUUAGAAUUUGUAAUCUUUGGCAAAUGGCUGUGGAGGCGAGGAAAGUGUACACACUACUCAAGCUCUAAUUUAUUUAUAAGAUGACUUCGGCUGUUAGUUUAAAUAAAUUGGCUCUGAUAUCAUGGUGAAUGGAUAGGAGCGUGAAAAAAGUAAAUUUUUCAAAAACUUUGGCAUAGUCAAGCCUUCUGUAAUUGUCUGUUGCAAAUGCCUAAUCGACUUAAUACUGUCCAGUUAAAUGUCAUGACGAAUGCGAAAUCUUGUAUCAUCAGCCAGCCCCGCUCUUCAGUUGGAUAAUGUCACUUACAGAAAUGAACAAAACCCAUAUUUUUUUGCGUGCUUAUUUCUUCUUUUUGCUUCUUCAAUCAGUUCUAAACUACAUGGUAGAGUUAUACAGGUAUGUAUCUGAAGUAUGUUAACAGUUAUUGACAGGAGACUUGAUCAAUUAAAGUAGCAAUUAUCAAAAAAUAGGCCCGGACUUUUGUCCCCCUACUAGUGCGAGUUCAACCGCACCUCAAGAUCUGUGUAUGGUACGGUAUAUAUAUGUAAACUUACUUUUUGAGUCACCCUGUAGUAUGUGCAAUUAGCAGAGUAGUUCACUACUUUGUAACGAUGUUGAUACUAUCAAUAAAAGUUCAAUGAAUUACUGUCAUAGUAAUCCUGCUUGCUUCUCUUUUUGUAUAUUGCUUUCAUAUUGUAAAACUUUGUAAAUAAAAGUGCAGAAUGAUAA